AUGCUUAGUGACUUGGUGUUGGGCAUUGUCUUCGUCAUUGAGAUGGGAGUUGGAAUUGUUGGGAACUUUUUCCUCCUGUGUCAGUACACUUUCACUUUAUUCACUAGUCACAGACUAAGGCCUAUAGAGUACAUCUAUGUCCACUUAACCUUGGCCAAUUCAAAAGUGCUUCUCUCCAAGGGUGUUCCUCAGACAAUUGUCUGGUUUGGUUUCAAAAAUUUCUUGGAUCCAGUUGGAUGUAAACUUAUCAUUUAUCUUCAAAAUGUGGCCCGGAGUGUUUCCCUCAGCAUCACCUGCCUCUUAAGUGGUUUUCAGGUCAUCAGCAUCAGUCCCAAUAACUCCAGGUGGACAGAUCUCAAAGUCCAAGCUCCAAAGCACAUUGCUUCCUCAUGCUUCAUCUGCUGGUACUACUAUCUGCUGAUACAUUUUACUUUGCUUGGGACUAUGCACAACUCAAGAUACAUAAGUAAUGACACAAGGAUCUGGCAUUUGGGAUAUUGUUCAAUUUCAACUCCUGCCUCUUUUAAUGCUUCCCUUUUCACAAUUGUCUUUUCUAUUCCUGAUGUUAUGUGUAUGGGAUUCAUGAUCUGGGCCAGCGCCUACUUAGUGGUUCUUCUACACAGACACCAUCAGCAAGUCCAGUAUAUUCACAGUUCUCAGAUCUCUUCCAAAACUUACCCUGAGAAAAGAGCCACCUAUGCUAUCCUCCUCCUAGUGAGCACAUAUGUCUCCUUUUAUUCCAUUAAUUCUAGCUUGUCAUUUUACCUCUUUAGACUAAACGAAUAUCAUUCUUGUCUCUUGGCCACAUCACAUCUCCUAGCGGCAUGGUUCCCAGCUAUCAGCCCUUUUGUGCUGAUCUUCUGUGACUCUCAAAUUCUCAAAUAUUUGUGGACUCUCUGGCAUAGAAACACCGUCCCCAGCCAGAGCCCAGCUCAGCAUCCCACCCCAAUAUUAAGAGAGGCUAAUCUUUCUGAAACAAGUAGGAGAGAACAAGAACUCUAA